AUGCACCAGAUCCUCAGUGGCAUUGAUGGUGUUGUUUGUUAUCUUGACGACAUUCUUAUAACAGCCCAUAACUUAGAAGAACAUCUAACACGCGUAAAAACGGUACUAAAAAGGCUACAAGACGCCGGAGUGAAAAGCCAAGUAAAUAAGUGCGCUUGGUUACAGGAAAGUGUCACCUUUCUAGGACAUAAAAUAGACGCCAGCGGUCUACACCCGACGGAAGAAAGAAUCAAUGCAAUUAAGAACAUGCCUAUUCCGGCCAACACAACGGAACUCCGAGCACUACUAGGCUCGUUAACAUAUUAUGGCCGUUUCAUAGACAGCCUUCACAUGAGAUGCGCCCCAUUGUACAGACAUCUAAAAAAGAACCAAAGGUGGAACUGGACCGAAGAAGACACAAGAAUAACGAACGAACUCAAAAACAUCCUGACGUCAUCGGACACGCUCGUACACUACGACGAAAACAAACCGAUAUAUCUCAGCAGUGACGCAUCAGAGAAGGGACUUGGUGCUGUUCUAUUUCAUAAAAUCAACGAGACGAUGAGACCCGUGGCGUAUGCUUCGCGAACACUCUCCGACGUCGAACAACGAUACUCGACUAUCGACAGAGAAGCAUUAGGGAUCGUGUAUGCUGUCACGAAAUUCCACCAAUAUCUUUAUGGUAGAAAGUUCAUCCUGUUAACUGACCAUAAACCCCUGGAAAGGAUUUUCAGUCAAGAUCGAGAAACACCCAAAAUCGCUAGCAACCGGCUCCUUAGAUGGGCCAUGAUCUUAAACAGCUAUGAAUAUUCUAUCCAUUACCAGGCAGCACGAGAAAACACCCCCGCCGACGCACUAUCAAGACUACCGAUCGCAUGCAACGACACAACACUAGAAGAAAGAACCGGGCUACCGCAAUUCGCCCACUUACUACAUCUGAGACUCGAGAACAUUCCUUUAACAAAACACGAGCUACAAAAACAAACACUCAAAGACAAGACGCUCAACAUUAUCAAAAAUUAUAUCAUAACGCAUUGGCCAGAUAAGAAAGACCUUUCCAACGAGCUGCACACGUUUUAUGAAAAAAGGGACCAGAUAUCAUACGAAGACGGAAUCUUACUUUGGAACGGAAGACUCGUCAUACCAGAAACACUCCGACCACAGAUCCUGGAAAUGCUACACGACGGCCAUAACGGCAUCACAGCUAUGCAGUCACUGGCACGUCUUCACGUAUAUUGGCCAAACAUUGACAAAGACAUAUUAACUUUCUCAAAAAGGUGCAGUCUAUGUCAGCAGUCCAGAAGCAACACGAAUGAAGCUCCGGUGUUUCCGUGGGGAAUACCAGUCGAGCCUUGGCACAGGUUACAUGUAGACUACGCGGGGCCAUUCUUAGGUCACAUGUGGUUAAUAGUUAUAGACGCCUAUACGAAGUGGCUAGAGGUUGUGCCGAUGAACGUUACAACGACGAGGGCAACAGUGCAGAGAUUAAAGAACAUAUUUGCUACAUUUGGAACACCAAGAUAUAUCGUAAGUGAUAACGGGCCGCAAUUCACUUCAGAAGAUUUUAACCAUUUUUGCCAAGUUUCAGGCAUUACGCACAUUAAAACAACACCCUAUCACCCAAAAACGAACGGAUUGGCGGAGCGCGCAGUGCGCACGUUUAAGGAGCGAAUGCUAGCCAGUGACAGGAGCCUUGACCUCCAUGAACGCCUUAACAGCUUCCUUCGAGGAUACCGCAAUACCCCACGGCGCUCAACAGAUCGAUCGCCCUACGAAAUGAUGUUCGGAAGGCCAAUACGCACUACUUUCGACCUGUGGAAGCCUGACGUAAGAGAGAACAUGGAAAAGGCACGCCUCAAACAGAUACUGAGACCUACCAACAAAGUAGUUGUGCCUCCGGUAUAUAAACCUGGCGAUAAGGUUUGGAUAAACAAACCUAUCGGUAAGGGGUCUGACCCUGGAACAAUCAUUAAAUGCAACGGACCUUAUUCUUACGAAGUAGAACUCACGAACGGAGUACAUAAACGCAAACAUGUAGAUCAGCUUCGCCUAAGAUAUGAACAAGUACCAAAGACAGCCAUCGACAUAAACCAACAAACAUCUCGACAUGUGCCCGAAACUAGACAACCCGAAUCUGAACAAGUCCCAAGGAGAACGAUCAAGAUCAAAAACUUUACAUACUACAGACGUAACGUUAACACUCGAGAACAGAGUGGCGACCAUGGCGAACAACCGGCCCCAGUAGCGCCCAACCGAGAUCACCCAGACGGUCCCAUGCCCCCACCGGCACCUGUGGCCUCCACCAGCAGGGAUACAGGCGGAGGAGCGGCCGAGCCGCCUGCGCCACCCUCACCGCGCCGGUCGGGACGGAAGACGAAACCACCGUCACGUUUUGGCUUUUUCGGAUUAUAG